AACCAAGACCACAUGGACUAUUAUAUUUAUUACCAAUUCGUCUCAGUAGAGGUAGAGCCAUACAUUCCCUCACCUUUCAUACAACAAACCACAACGAUCCAUUAUUUGAGUGCAUCAAGGUUCAACAAUUCGGGACAUCUGCUUCAUCAAAUUACAGGAUAUAAUUCGUGCGUGCACAGUAGUGGCAAAUCGUGAUCCACAACUUAAUUUUGAUUUGUUUGCUUCACAUGCGUUAUUAGGGAGAAGGUGGAGGCUAGUUACCUACCAUAUAUUAUAUAUACGUCAAGUGUGUGGAACCCAGAACAACAUAGCAGCAAAGGCAAGGAACCUCAAUUGUUUAGCUUAAUUAGUUUCAUACAAUCAAAUGAUUCAGAAGAUGUUUGACUCCACACGCUCGGGGAUGACAAGAAGUUCUUCCCACAUGGCCUCCAUUUAUGAGAAUGAUUUUCUUGAGCUGGUGUGGGAAAAUGGCGAAGUUGUUGUACGAGGAGGUUCAUCAAAUGGAACAAAAAAGAGUCACGAGGAAAGAAUAUUACAUGAUCAUCAAGAUGGCAGCAUUACAAAAAGAACAAGGUUGAACACAUUAUACUCACUUGAGGAUCACUUUCCCCAUCUAAGGGACUCUGAAAUGACCUCUUCCUCUUCACAUCAAAGCAAUAAUGGUCAAGAUUCGUGUCAAUCCUCCCAAAGAAAGAACUCCUGCAAGCUCAAUGAAGAAUUUGCAAACUUGUUUACACCAGUAAAAGACUCUAGGCCUGUUACAACAGACAUCGGUCACUUACAACAGUGCUUACCUUCAUCUCCUCUCAAGAAACAAAUAACAGAUUCAACACAAACACCACUAGCAACAAAUCAAAUGACAACAAAAGUGAACUUCUCCAACUUUUCCAUACCCGCAGUGUUUCUCAAACAGGGAAACAGUGCAACUCAGCAGACAAAAGAAGCAAGCAAGGUUGAGAAAGUAGCAGCUGAUGAAUCAGCCAAGGAAUCACAUGGAUUUCUAAAGCAAACAUUCUUAACUGUUGAAAGAAGCUCGAAACCACUUCCACCGGUUGAUGAACACUCUGAAGCUGUUGGAACUCACAGAUUCCGAGGUCAAGGUUUUGACCAAAUGCCAAGCUCAGAAACACUUAGAGCCAAGGCAAAAGGUUGUAAUAAUACUGACAUGAGUCAUGAACUGUUGCUUGCAUCUUCUUCUGUGUGCUCGUUCGGAGCCUCCAACGACCCAAAUAUUAGUUUCAGGAAACAUGAGGACACUGAUGACUCAAUAUAUUUCAGUGAUAAUGAUGAAGACCCUGAAGAUAUGGUAAAGCAAGAUAGGGAGGGUAAUAGAGUCAAGAGAAGCAGAAAUCCUGAGGUUCAUAACCUAUCAGAAAAGAAGAGAAGAGAAAAAAUCAACAAGAAGAUGCGUACAUUGAAGGAGCUAAUACCCAAUUGCAAUAAGGUGGACAAAGCAUCAAUGCUUGAUGAUGCCAUAGACUAUCUUAAGACUCUAAAGCUUCAAUUACAGAUUAUGUCGAUGAGUAGUGGAUUAUGGCCACUUAUGAUGCUACCUGGGGCGCAUCACAUGAAUAAUGGACCACAUUUGCCUCAGUUAGUGGGAGGUGGAAUGGGAUUCAGGCCACCACAGCUUCCUAUUCCACCACUUUCUGCCAUUACAGAUAACAGACUUCAAAUGUUUGGUUUCCCAAGCCAAAUACCAUCCAUGCCAUUGCCUCAUCCACCUUUCUUCCCUGUCAUUGGAAAUUCUGCCACACAACCACACUUGGCUAAUCCACUCCCCAAGAACUUAGAUCCUCUUGAAAAUCUUAGUGCAACAAAGCAAGUGCCCAAUCAGCGAUCCUUUCAACACCACAUCACUAGUACUCCACUAGCUACUCCUUUCGUUUUUCCACAAAACUAGAGGAGAAAAGGAGAAUGUACGCAUGAAGAGAAAACUAGCGUGAUGAGACAGAUUAGAUUAAAGAUGUUGAUUAAAGGCGAGGGUAAAGUUGGUUUACCCUUUUCACAAAGAUGACGUACAUUUUCUGAUCAUAGAAUAUCAGUUGCAGAUAUAGAAUCUGACAGUUAACAGUUUCAUGCUUUCAGCCAUUUACUGUUACCAUGUACCACGAAAAUGAUCCAUCCAUACACGAAGAUAGGUGACAGAAUGUUAAUUUAGAUUCUGAUUAAAUUCAUUUUUUUUAAGUUAA